AUGGUGAGUUUCUGGAACGCGCUGCCAGGGAUGGUGGUGGAGGCUGAUACGAGACAGGCGGUGAAGAGAUGUUUGGAUAGGCACGUGAGUAUGCAGGAGAAAAACUCCUGCCCGGAAUGUAGAGAUGAGUUUACAGACCGCGCCCUCAAAGUUAAUCGGGCCUUGGCGAGACUGUCUGAGAAAGCUCGAACACUGAGCCUGAAUACGGAAGAGAAGGAAAGUAAACUUCACUGCGAGGAACAUCAGGAAGAACUGAAGCUGUUUUGUGAAACUGACAAGAAACUGAUCUGCCUGGUUUGUCGAGUUGCGCGGGAACACAAGUCUCACAGCUUCAUACCGAUUAAAGAAGCUGUUGCAAUCUACAAGGAUCAGGUUAAAUCAUCCAUACAAUCUCUGACAACAAAUAAAUCAGCCAUCCAGGAAAUGGAAGAGCAACAGAAGCAGAAGAUUUCCCAAGUCCGGGAGCAGUCACAAAGCCUCAAGUCUCACGUCACAUCUCAGUUUGCUGAACUGCACCAGAUUCUCGUGAAGAAAGAGCAGCGCAUUCUCGGAGAGAUCAAGGAGGAUGAGGAGAAGAUUCUAAGUCCAAUGGAGAAAAAUCUUCAAGACAUUCAAGAGAAUUUAAACUCUAUUGAGGAGGAACUCUCAAAGCUGCAGGGGCGAAUGGAACAAACAGACAUCGUGUCAUUUUUGAAGGAGGAAGCUGGUCGCAAGAGGAGAAUUAGUGAUGAAUCCCAGACAUUGUCACUGAGAGAUGGUGCCAUACUGGAUGAAAGAUUCAAACACCUCUUCUGGUUGAACGCAGUGUUGAGAGAACCCAUUGUUGCGAUUCAUCAAGUCUCCGUCACCCUGGAUGUGGAAACAGCGCAUGCGCUGCUCGAGGUGUCUGAGGAUCGGAAGAGGGAUGCCCUGCAAUCCCACGUGGUUGAACAUGUGGCAGAAGAGCCAAGCAAUCCCAUUCAUCCGACAGCAGAUCCUCAAGAAAGUGAAGAGGAGAAAAUUGAGGAGAAAAAAGAGGAGACAAUUGAACAGCUGGAAGAGCAGCUGCUUGAGGACCUUAGUCAUGUAGACCCCAUAGUUAUUACGCACCCAUUGCGUGAAAAAGAAGAAGUUUCCUUUGUUUCAAGAACAGGAAAAACAAAUGAUUUCACCAAGUUGAAGGGUUGGAAGCAAAAACUUCAGGGUCUACUAUUUCCAAGGUUGAAGGGUGGGAAGCGACAACAUUCAGGAUCUUCUAUUUCCAAGCAGAAUCAAACAAGUGCAGUUACAGAGAAAGGUUGA